UGGUAGAACAAUUUCUCGGAGUUGAAUUCAUCUUAACUUUCAAAGGAAAAAUCAUGUGUCGAUCUAACUGAAACCUUUUUAAAAAUCGAGCAACAACGUGGAACUGCCAUGUUUGGCAGAUAAAAUACUACAGCGCAAAAAAUCCAUAAUUAAAUACUAACAUUUGCAAAACAGUUAGCGCGUGAUAAUAUUUAAUAUAUACAUAAUCAACAGGAUAUAUUUAAAAUGUUGUGCUAAAUAUGAAAGCUUUUAAACCCUAAUACUCACCAUAGUAAAAUACUAUCCAUAUUAAGCGAAAACGAAUAAUUAACCGCGGAAAAAAUACCGAAUGUUUGGGCAAAGGUGUAGUGAUUGAAUAAAAUGCCAAAACUUGUGCGGCAACGUACGAAUUCUUUUGCCUGCAGUUGAAAAGUGUAAAAAGACGCCAUUUGAGUUGACUUUGAAUAAGUUUUGAAGGAAACAGUCAAAUACUAGUGUCCGUGCUGUCAAUCGAAAAGAAACAUUAAAGUUUGAAAUCAAAUAUAAUAAAAUUAAUCAUGUUGCCCGCCAAUGUGGGAACUGUAAAUCCCCAACGAGAAGUGCCCAAGACGAUGUCGCCUGUAAAAUCAUUCAGCAACAAGGCAACGGCCACGGUCAAGCAGCCCGAGGAGAUGCGUUUUGUGCCCAUUGCCCCAAAGCCAGCCAAACCCUCACCGGUGCCGCCUCUUAUACAACUGGUUAGUAAUGGACCCAAUGGGAAUGCCAGUUCUCUGCUCUCAAUAUUGACGCCUAAAACGCUGCUCAAUCCCACUUGUACCAAGACCAAUGUCCAGACGGUUGUACCUGCACAGGGUAAUCCACAAUUGCAGUUGCAGUCACAACCACAACCACAGGCACCGCCACAGUCCCAGCCACAGGCACAAGCACCGCCUAUGCUCAUACGAUCGGCCACCACGCUGGCUACCGUGCCGACCCAGCAACAACAACCACAGCAGCAGCAGCAACAACAACUACAACCACAGCCGCAGCAGCAACAGCAGAAGCAACAACAGAAUCAGCAGCAACUCCAGCAAAAUGCUGCCAUUCACAAUAGUCCGAUUCAGUCAUCAGGAACAGCUGCCGUCUCAACUCAGACGCAAUUGAUAAAUAUGGUGGCUGCCAAAGGUUCGCUUAAAACGGCCGCUGCUGCGCCAGCCCAAAUUUCGUUGCUGUCGAAAAAACAAACUCCGGUUAUAUUGAGCAAGGCGGCUGUGGAGAAAAUCCGAUUGAAAUUUGGUCAGGUGCAGGCUCAGGCUAAUUCCGGUGCGCUCGUCUUGACCAAACCACUGAAGGCCAAUUGCAACCAAAACGGCACUCAAAACGCUAACAAAAACAACAACAACAACAACAGCAAAAACAAUUUGAACUCUAAGUCACCGCCUGGCACUGGGUCCAGCUGCAUGCCCACGGCAACGAACACUCCUCCUAUGCCUCCGCUGGUGCCCACUUCGAUGCCUACAUCCAUGGCAAUGGCCACCAACGCUUUGCCAGAGAUCAAGAUUACUCCACUACCCGCAGCUCCAGCAAAUAGCACCAAAAUUAUGAAAGUACAACCAAGUCCUAUGGCUGUCAUUGUACCAGUGACGCCAGUGACGCCCGCCCCGCCACUAGCGCCAACAGUAGCAGCAAUCGUGCCAGCAGGAACACAGCUAACAACAAUCGCAAAAUUAACUCAGCCAGGUGAGCAACUGGGCUCGCCCAAGCUGCAGCGCUCCAAAUCGUUGGCCGGCAGUGAAGAGAAUGCGACAAUCAUUUUGUUACAAAACAAUGCAGCGGAGCGACGGCACUCGGUGGCCAUUAUGGCCAAGGAGGUGGAUGUAGUGGAGCAGCCAACUCAUAUAGAAACCAUAACCAUAGACGACGAUGACAGUGACGAGGAAAAGGAGGCAGAGGAAAGGCGGAAACAGCAGGAGCAACAGAAGCAGAAGGAACAGCAGCAACAGCAGCAACAGCAACAGCAGCAGCAACAGCAGCAGCAACAAGGACUGCGACAAGCAGCAACUCCAAUAAUUUCAGUUUCAGCUUCGAGAAAAAACUCAACAGCCAGUCGGAGUAGCAGCAUUGCGAGCAGCUGCAGCAGUGAUGUGGAAAUGAUCAUUCUGCCAUGCACUAAACCGGAGGAGCCGAAGCAACCCAAACAGCAGCCGCUGGAAAUAAAGCAUCCAGGCAAUGGUGCCAUCAUCAACAUUGUUAAAGCGGAAACAUUGCCGGUGUCUAAAGAGGAAUUUGAGAAGUCGUUGCGCUGCGAUGAGCUUAUGGACAACAGCUCACCUUUGUCUGUGUGUGCCAGCAAUGUGGACAAGUCGGGCACCAUCACGGUAGCACCCAUUUCACGACUGCAAAACAAAAAUGUUGACCUGAUGCCAAAUGUUGCCUUUGCAUUGAGCACCUUCAGGCGCAGCAUGCAACAGAAUUUCAGCAUGCUGCGCUGGCGGGACCAGCAGCCAAGCAUGCUUCAGAAUUCUAAAAUGCGCUUCGAGCUCAAUCGCUACAAUUUGCUGCAGCUGGCAGAGCGAUGUGAACCACGUCAUGGUCCAGCUGAAUACUUUGAGAGAUCUCUCUAUGAUCGACCUGUGCGACGACCCAACGGCAGCAGCGAUCCAUUGCUCUACUUGUGCUCACGCUGCAAUUGCCAUGGACCCGCCUCUGAUUUUCUGGCACCAAGAUUUUGCUCGAUUAGCUGCGUGCGACGCGUUCCCAAACGUCGCCAGCUUAAUCCGCCCAGCGCUGCCAGCGAAAACAAAAUAAGUCGCAUGGAGCCAAGGGCAACGAAUGGUCAUGUACAGCAUCUGCAUCAGCAUCAUCAGCAGAUGCAACAACAACAGCUACAACUAGAGCUGCAACAACAGCUACAGCUGCAGAAGCAAAAUCGUGAAAAGGAACGCUGUCGUGAGCCUAGAUUAAACGAAUCGAAGCCAAUAUUUAAAUGGACCGAAUAUCUAAAAAUGAAAGGCAAUGGUGGUGCGGCGCCAAUACAUCUCUUCCCCAAUCCGUUUCCUAUUAGCCCCAAUCAGUUUAAGCUCGGCAUGAAAUUGGAGGCCAUCGAUCCCGAGAACUGUUCGCUCUUCUGUGUGUGCACCAUUGUCGAAGUGCGUGGCUACCGCUUGAAGCUCAAUUUCGAUGGCUAUCCCAGUAUGUAUGAUUUUUGGGUCAACGCUGAUUCAAUGGACAUUUUUCCGCCGGGCUGGUGCGAACGCACCUCGCGUGUACUCCAAGCACCCAAGGGUUAUUGCUCGGAUAAAUUUAACUGGCAUCGGUAUCUGUUGAAAACAAAUGCUGAAGCAGCGCCUGCAAUACUCUUCACCCAUCUGAAAACAUCCAGCCAUACGCAGAUAAAUGACUUUCGUGUGGGCAUGCACCUGGAGGCGGAGGAUUUAAAUGAUACGGGCAAGAUAUGUGUAGCCACCGUUGCGGAUAUACUAGAUGAGCGUAUACGGGUACAUUUUGAUGGCUGGGACGAUUGCUACGACUUUUGGGUGCACAUAAACUCGCCAUAUAUUCAUCCCUGCGGCUGGCAUGAUGGUCGCCAGCAGCUGAUCGUGCCACCCGACUAUCAGAAUCUUACAUUCAACUGGGCGAGCUAUAUUGAAGAAACGGGAGGCAUUGCAGCCCCCGAAAGAUUAUUCAAGCCACGUGAACCCAUGGAGUUUCAAGCACGCAUGAAACUCGAGGUAGUCGAUCAACGUAAUCCCUGCCUGAUACGUCCAGCGACAGUGAUCACACGCAAGGGCUAUCGCAUUCAAUUACAUCUGGAUUGCUGGCCUGCAGAGUACUAUUUUUGGCUGGAGGAUGAUAGUCCAGAUCUACAUCCGAUCGGUUGGUGUCAGGCUACCUCACAUGACCUGGAAGUUCCGCCCAACUUCAAGCAGGAUCCCCCGCUGAUGCCGUGCGAUGUGCCAGGCUGCCGUGGGUUCGGAAACGCCAAACGCUUCAAUCUCAACUUGCAUGCUCUGCGCGACUGCUGUCCUUAUGCGCCGGACAACUGGCGGCAGUGGCGUGCCAAGACGGUAAAACCGCCGCGUGUCCUUCCCGAGCAUAUCAAGCGAGCAGACUCACCAAUGCCACAGUCGCCGUCGCCGUCGCCCUCACCUUCCAUAUCGCAGUCCCAAUCGCAGUCACCAUCAUUGUCGCCGUCAUUGUCCUCUUCGUCGCCACAGUCGCGAUCGUCUCCAAGGCCGCAGACUCACGCACAGGAUCCUUUACCCGGUUCAGCAUCGCAGUUAAACUCAGAUUCGAAGCUAGGAACCAAGGGAAAUGCGCUCAAAAAAGUGGACACACCACGACCGAGCUUAGAUUCGAAGCCACCGGCAAACAUGACGCGCGAUGUAAAAACACCGUUACCAACUGAUACCAAGGUCAAAACAGCCCCAGCUGGACAGGGCGAACUCAAUCCGCGCUGCCUAGCUAUAGCCAAGAGCAUUGUGACGGAAUAUGGGCCACAUCUUGCACGCAAUUAUCGCCUGUGGCAACGGAACAGCGACUUUGAUAUGACGCAGCUGAGGAGCAAUCCGCUCUACUGGACCAACUGGGACGUCUAUGAGUUUGUGGAGCGAGCGCUCAAAUCCUCCAGCAUUGCGAAAAUGCUUUUCGAUGAAGAAAUCGAUGGACGAGCUUUGCUAAUGUUGGGACGAAAAGAUUUGACAACCUACUUUAAGCUGAAAGUGGGACCUACGGUCAAGCUAUUCUCGCUGAUAGUCAAUCUGCGCAUUGCGGUCGCAUGUAAGUUUCAGACCAAGGAGACGGGUCUCAACAUUAAAGAAAUUAAAAAGUCGAUCAAAACUGCAAAACGUGAGCCGCUAGACAACAGCAGAAAACCUUAUGCAGAUAAUCCAAUGGUGGCAACCACAAAUAACCCGAAUCAGAACAAUGCUGUAGAGCGGACGCCUGAAAAGCAAGAAGAAGAAUCAGAGGAAGAGGAAUCAGAGGAGGGAGAAGAGGAAGAAGAAGUUGAGGAAGAGGAGGCGGAGGCAGAGGCGGAUGACGAAGAUGAUGCAGAUUUUGAAUUUAAGGAAGAACCAGAUGAAGAAUUAACAGACGACGAGGACGUUAUGCUAGAUAGUGAAGACUUUCUUUGCGUCAAGCCAAUACACGGGACGAUAAAAAAUGGGCCCGUUGAUGAGAAGGACUCGGAUGUCAUUAUGACUUCCGUGGAUGCACUGCCCGUGAGUGCUUCCUAGGGGUUAGUAUAUGUGCUGUCAAACGGGGAACACGAAAAGGGAAGGAUAGUUCAGCAUGUUCCUAUUCCUUUUCCUGUUCCUCUUUUGCAAAAGAAGGAAGAGGCAGACGAAGCUGAUUUCUAUGAUAAAGAAUCAGAACAAA